CAGCAGUUGUAAACCCUAAGCUCUGGCAGUGCAUGAGAAAGAUACCGUGGAGUUGGCAUCGACGGCAACGAAACUACGGCAAGGUUUGUAGUGAGACAGUCGUCCUCAAUGCCACGGGGCGGAUCGGCGCAGAAAACCACAGGGCCGAUAAACCCCUAUCCGACGCCAGCAACAAAACGCAGAGGUCCAUCUUGAUGCAACUAUCGAUAUCUAUACUUCCCCAUUCUCCCGUCCGUCGAGGCAACUCGCCGAAACUGUUCUGAAACCCGCAUUCUUUCGCCGACAGUUUCUCGUCUACCCAAGGAGAUGCCACGCGUCUUAGCACCAUUCCGAGUUUCGCAUUCUCUUAUCACUCCUGAGCUGAAUUGAGAUGCAGCAUGCGACCCUGUGAUUCAUUAUCCUCAGCUCGACCCGAAGACAAUUUCCAAGGAGAUGCUCCUGUGCGCUGUCACGGAUGACUUCUUCGAGCAAUACUUGCUACAGAUUAACACGGCUCCAACAAAGUAUGUAUAUCAUGGUGGCUUCUUCGCUUUUAAACAACUUGCGAAUGAAGAUUUACUAAGUCAGGUUUCUAGAAGUAUACACGCAAAACCCUGGGAUUGGCGUUCUCCUGGGUAAGCCACAGUGCGUUUUGAUGGUUCGAACCAUGUCUUCCAAUGUGUCUAUUUUCUCUGUUCUCUCCCAGAAGAAACAAACAUUUGCUGGAAAAGAAUCUGCAGCUUUGGCAAUGCGAUAUCACAUCGACUUGGAAUGCCACAAGGUAAGAUGUCAGUUGCCAUGUAUGUAAAUAUUUUGUCAACAAAUCAACAGUUGGGAGAGGUUAAAACUGUUCGACUGAGACAUUUUUUUCGGACUGUGAGAUGCACAAUGCUUUACUUUAUCCCAGCUGAAAAGCUAUACCUACCGUGUAUGCACCAGACACCGUCACCAUCUACUGAAGCGGGUUGCCGAUUCAUUGUUGUUGGAGUCCUGGCGCCUGCAUGCGCCACCGAGAAUCAGCUUCGCCCGUGUUUUGCUGACGCUGCACGUUCUUUGAACGUGCAUCGAUGAAGUAAUUUUGCUGCAUGUUUGCAGCAAGCCUUCAGCGGCUGAAUCCAUCUGUAUAUUCCCUCCUACUGUUCGACAUGGAGCCGAAUUUCACGAGGCCGUCAAAGUCGAACAGGAUUUUCACAAUGAAACUCUAGUAAGACAUUUGACGGGCCCGUAACAUUCACUAACUUUCCAAAUUUCUCGAAGUGACCCAUUUAAACGCGGUGCACCCCAGAGGACUCUUCCAUAAGGCAAGAGGAUCGAACAUGUUUUGAUUUGUCUACUAGGAUACUACAGCGCCCACCCUAGCGGAUCGGCCAUCAGAUCAGGCAACCGAAGAGGGCGCAGCUGCAGACAUGCGACGGAGGCAAAAAGAAAGAGAGUUUCUGUGCGUCGGUGACUACUACUUCCAACAUUCGACUGCCGUGCCAGCACAAUUUCCGUUUACAAAGUUUGAGUUCUUCACAACUGCGGCUUAUCCUCCCUGCUUAGCAAGGCCUCUGUGAUUAGCAUGCCAGUUUGUCCUUAUCCGUGUGACGUCUCACGUGUAGUCAAGCAUUGUCUGCGCCAUUCUGUAGCACAAAUCGUUGGACUGCUAGUCCGGCUUUUCGGCAGAUAAUCAUUCGGCAGAUAAUCACUUAGCGCAGAACGUGAAACCAAGACCCAGGUUAGUCUGCAGGGGGUUCGCACCAGAAGUGUACUAGUGUCAGCGCACCCCGACUAUGGCGUGUGAGAUCGGGCUCCCCGAUGGAGUCUGGGGCGCCAAAAAUAGGCGAAGUCGCAAGUCUGAUACCGGUACCAUGAAGUGCGCUCACAGUGUGCCUCUUGAGGGACAGUUUUUGCGUGCCUUGGCCACUUGUAAUCUGGAUGCAUACCUUAAGAUUUGUAUCCUUCAGUGUUUGUUCACAGGAGGUUUCUUCCUCUUGAGUGUGAAAACCAAAGGGCAGGCCAUCGACAGGAGUCAACAAAUAAUGCACCUUGCAGGCUGGGCGAUAGAUAAGCGGAUCUCCAGAGUAAACACUUUCACUUGUCGCCGGAGGGUGCGCUCAAGGAAAGGUUGUGCUGUGCUGUAAAGGCGGCUCGUGUCUGUUCUACUGCGUCCAAUCUGUGCCAGUCAGUCUACGAAGCUUUAUCGUCUGCUUCAACGCAUUGGGGGGAGUGACUUCUUAAGUGCCGAGGAGGACGAGAGUGAAGACUUUGCAGUUGGUUCUCUCGCGAGCGCUCCGGGGACACGGCCGUCGGACGCUCGACUGUUUAAAGCGGCAGUGGUUAGGAGCAGCAACGCCAUCAAGGCACCUAUGACUGGACUGACGACAGGAGUUGCAAGCAGCAGAAGAAAGACGUUACCAGCAGAGUCCUGUCAGGUUCACUUUGAUGAGAACCCAAAAGAUGGUGAGGUGCUUCUCAGAGUCGCGCCAAAGGCCGAAAAAAAGAACCCAGCUUCUCGGAAGGGAGAAGAGACCUGGAUAAGAUGUUGCAUAAAAAUUUUGCUGUAGGGUCCCUGGUAGUUCCGUGGUGACAUGAUCUCCACUGCAAUAGCCUUUGAGAGAAACCGCAGCAAAUUUAUCAAGCCAGCAUGCAGUCAUUCAUCAAAGAGUAGCACGGUGAGAAUAUCUGCCUUAACAUUUCCAAAAAUCGCUCCCCGAUGUCCCGCAACCCCCUUUCCCCCUGGGUGAUAGCGUCGUGCGCAUGGAGCUUCUCCGCCUCAUGAUUAUCGAGCAAUGAUUAACAACGGAGGGAAAAACGACUCGUUCUCGCCUUAAACAAGGCAAUGUUGCAAGGCUCUCUGCCACAUGAUCAAUACCAGACAUGCUGAUGGCGGGAUGCCAAUAACAAGAGUCAAAACGGACCUUUAAGUCCACAUAUCUCGUGCAGUCAUUCUCAUGUGAUCACCACCUAUGGUGCAGGCAGAUUUCCGCGGAAGCGAUCUGGAAGUGGAAGUCUUCGGUGGAGUGUAGUCGGUAGAACCUCUCGGAUUACACGAGCUUCCAGUGUGCGACGCGUGAGGCAAGACACACUUUAUAACAAGGAGCGGAAGAGUAUCUGUCCUAGCAAAAGCGUCGAUCCAGCUGAGAUAAGCGCGCUUCUUCUCCGAAUGGCACCGUCAAGGUCCAGGGCAAACCAUAUCCACCGCUGUAGGAAGUGUACAAAAGUGAUGCAAGAGCUGCUGGCCCUGAACAAUUGAUCAAGCUCAUACAGGAGUGUCGGAGAAGCGCUUGCCUGGAUGCACAUCUUCAGCAGUGCAGCACACUGCUGUUGGAGGGAAUUUGCAAAUGCUUGAGACACUUUAUCAGCCUGUAACGUCGUAGGCACAGUUUUGCGAGCAGUAUGAUCGUCUAUGGUACAUCAGCAAAGUGGGUAGAUAAGUUCCUCUUUAAGGUGAACCUGAUAACUGACACAUGGUUCAUAUUGCCACAAAAUCUCACUGUCAACCUUUUCGUACACUCGCCGGCAAUAAACUGGCGUCAGACCGGAGCUGAGAAUGGAGCUUCAAACUUGCCAGAACUUUUUCUCGGACUGGAACGAUUUACUAUUGCAUCAUGAGAGCGUUUCCCUCUUUUUGUGUCACGAAUCUGUUUUCUUCUUCCGUAAUCUGUGGGAUGACAGGAAACGUGACAGGAAAUCACGACGGUUCGAGUUCGCACCAAGAGUGUUGCUGAAUUGCUGAACGAAACACAGAGAAGCCGUGGAAGGUGACCGGUGCCCCGGCCGAACUCAUUUCUUUAUCUUCAGUCGAAAAAGCCGCUGCCAGCGAGAUUGCUCAGUGAGAUGUGUUGCCGUGUGUAUGCUUGUGGAUUCAGUCGUAUCCUCCAUGACUGCCGUGGAGCACAGCGGCCUCCUGAAGGCCCUCCAACGAAAAUAUAUUUUGCCUCAUGCAGCUUUUCGAAGGCGCCCACUAGUAAGCCCUGGAAAAGUUUAUUUCAUUUGUCAAUGUCACAUCCACAGACAACCGCUUGUAGGAGAUUACGGGUCUAAGUGAUUCUGUCAUUCCAAAAGCCGGCAGCCAAAAUACUGAUAAACAGCCCAUCAGUCCUGUAAAGAUUGUAAUGGAUGCUGCUCCCUCGUCUCCUGGCUCCAGUUCAGUUGAGAUCGUGCUCCAAACAGGGUUGCUGGCAGUGUCACACCUCCAUAGCGCUCUUCGGAUGCGUGGCAAAUCAAAUACCCAUCAAGUGCAUGUUGGGUUUGAAGUAUUUCUCAUCCUUCGAUCUGGGUCAAACAGUUGAGGUGCCGCAGGAUCGGUUACCCUCGAAAGGAAAGUGCGGAUGAUUGCGAAGGGACCGCCUCCGGAAAGCCUUCCACCCUGUAUAACACAUACCGUAAAAUACAGCCCGUUGUCGGAGUGAAAGCAAUAUCUCGCGGCCCGUUUCAGUAUCUCCCAUCCAGUCGAACUCACCACACGUGCAGGGAAAAACACACAGGCCGAUCCAGCCGGCACUACUACCUCGGAGGUCUUCUAUCUGAGUGUUCCAGCUCUGCUCAGCGCCUUAGCAUGGAAGGCAUGUCUGGCUUCAUUCGCCAAUCAAUCCAAUUCUGAAUAUGAUUUUCCGUACGUCACAGGGUGGCUGGAGGGUCGCACACUGGAUGAUGAGUUACGAGGACUUCGCCUUGGCUGUCAGCUCGGAACAUGCAAACGAGGCUUCCAGAGUCCUGCUGGUCGGGUGACGGUACAUCGUGUGACUUGUGGCAAGCCGAUUAGCUUGUUUCAGGUUUCAAGUCGUGGUGGAGACAAAAUCAGUGAAACCGAAGCAGUGCAGUUACCGCGUGACAACAUAUGUGUCGCCAUAACAGGCACUUGAACUCUUUGUUGUUCAACAAGGAGAUCGAAAUUUGUGACAAAAAUAAAGGGAGCACGAAAUGUUAGCAGAAAGAUCUAUCAGUCCUUCGUGGAGUCCUGUGAAACUCAGGUUACUCAGAGGGAAUAAUAUGCAUAUACAGAUGUGUAGAUUAAGAGAUGCAUUGCGGUCGCGUACGCUCAUACAUCCACUCAUACGUGUCAUUUCUCCCUCGUCACGAUGGUUCUUGAGAUUUUUCUGUGAUCUCAGGUGGAUCCGGAACGUGUAAUGUCUCGAAUUACGAGCCUCAUCGCUGAAGAGCUUCCCCUCCACCACCUCAUCCCAGAUGAACUGACCCCUGUCCUGACUGCCGAGCUGCAGAACGUCACCUGCUCUCCGACUGUCGCCAAGCUAACAUGUGCGCUCGCUCAUUUCUUGGUCUUUCUCUUGUUCCGGCAGUCCCGUACUCAGCGAUCAGGCUGUCAAGAGCUACGCUUACGCGUACAAGGUGAAGAUGCCCCUGUUGACGGCACGGCACCUGCUCAUCCACAGACUGCCACUCUGUGUGGUACUUUCCCAAAGAGCGGAAACACUGGCGUAUCAGGGACGGGAAGGCGUGAUCACUACGCACCUGAAGAAGUGACCCAAAACAGCCAGACAGGAACGGAAGUCGGUGGGUCUUUCGAGUGUCAAAAACAUCAAACACUAUCUGGCGCAAGACGGUCACUCUCCUCGUCAAGCCUGGCCCAGACUCAAGUGACGCAGCCGUGA